CGUACCCGUACCCGGCCUGGUACGGGUAGCCGGGUAUCGGGUAGGGUACGGGUAUCGGGUACCUGGUUGCGACCUCUGCAGCAGGUACACACUGAUUAACAACAAACACAAUGAUGACAUACAAUGCAAUUAACGACGACUGUUUAAUGUCCUUCCCCCAAAGCCCCUUUUCAUAUCAGGCCAAACUCGCCUCCCCGGGGCAGCAUGGAGGACGACCGUUGCUUCACCAAUCGCUUCGACGACCGCGCGGGCUCGCCGCUGCCCGGCCGCUCGCGCGAGGCCCUGCUGCCCAUCGUCACGGCCAUGCUGGACUCCAUCGCCGGGCAGGCCCCCCCGGGCAGCGGCGAGGGCGACGGCGGAGUCGGUGGGAAGCGUGCGGGGACGGUGGCGGUGGCGCCGGAGGGCGGGUUGUACCGCGGUCCGGCGGGCAUGGCCCUGGCGCUGGCGUUUGCGACGGCGCCCGACAGCAGCCUCCUGCCCGGGCUGGACGCGGGGCGGCGGGAGAGGUACGCGGACGCGGCGCGCAGGCUGGCCGAGGCGUCCGUGGAGUACGCCGAGAAGAUGGAGGGAAGAGCGACCUGCACGGGAGCGGCUGCCAUCAGUAGCGCCAGCAACGGGGAGCGUGAGAGCGGAUCUGAGACGAGCGCGUCGUUCCUGCUGGGCGGCGCGGGCGCCUUCGUGGCGGCGGCGUUGGCGAGCGGCGCAGCGGGCCGGGCGGCCGCCGCUGUGGCCUACGCGCAGAGCUUCGCGCGGCUGCACCGCGAGCUGCCGCGCGCCGUCACCGUGCGGCCGCACCGCCUCGGCUCCGACGAGCUCUUCGUGGGCCGCGCCGGCAUCCUGUGCGGCGCCCUGCUGCUCAAGCGCCGGCUCGGCAUCGAGAUCCUGACGGACGAGGAGACCUCCACCGUGUGCCAGGCCAUCGUGGACUCGGGAAAGGAGUACGCGGCACGCAAACACAAGCCCGUGCCUCUCAUGUACGCCUACUACGGCACCGAAUACCUCGGCGCAGCUCACGGCCUCUCCUCCAUCCUCCUCAUGCUGCUCUCCUACCAGCAGCACCUCGACGCCGAAGACCGAGAGCUCGUGUGGAGGACCCUGGACUUCCUGGCCGAGCAGGAGCGCGACGGGAACUGGGCGGCUGAGCUCAUGGAGCCCGCGGCGCACGACAAGAGCCUGGUCCACUGGUGUCACGGCGCGCCAGGUGUUGCGUACGUGUUUGCCAAGGCGUACCUGCUGUCGGGCGAGGCUCGCUACCUGGCGGUGUGCGUGCGCUGCGCCGAGACCGCCUGGCGACGGGGCCUUCUGAAGAAGGGGCCGGGCAUCUGUCACGGAGUGGCCGGGAGCGCCUACGUCUUUCUGCUGCUCCACCGGCUCACGGGAGACCCCAAGUACCUGUACCGCGCGCAUAGGUUUGCGGAGUUCAUGUUCUCCGAGGAGUUCAAGGCGGGGUCACAGCCGUUGGACGCCCCGUUCAGCCUCUUCGAAGGCCUGGCCGGAACAGCUUGCUUCUUCCUCGAUUUGCUACAGCCGGAUAAAGCCGAGUUCCCCAUAUUCAGUGUCUUCACGCCGUGAAAUGACGCCACAGCGUAAGGAAGGUGAAAGUCUGUGCCACGCUGGCGAGAUGUUAACGGGUGCCACGGUGUGUCUCUCCCCGUGGUUUCUUCUCCGGCUCCUCCGGUUUUUCCCUCCACAUUUAGAAUCAACAUGCGUGGAGAGCAGUUGGCUGGGAUACAUUUCCACGUGGUGCUAAGCCACUUCGUUGAGCUAUGCUUCGUAGCCAGGUCGCUUCUGAAAAAGAGCUGCAUAGCUCAGUGGGUCUUACCUGGUCAAGUAAAAGUAGUUUUAUAGAAAUCUGCGGAAGCUUUACUGCUCCCCCCUUUGGGUAAGAACGCCAGACUUCGGUUAUCACGUGGGAUGCCAUGAUGUGAUGCUUCACGGUACGAUAUAAAUGGUCAUGUGGUGAUCAUGAUGAUGAUUAUCGUGAUAUUAGUUUCCCAAAACGUUGUGUCCUUUGCUGUACUUCCAGGACCAAUGAAUAUUACUUAAACAUUCUUCAACCGCAGUUCAUUGAACAUAACCCAGCCAAGAUGGAACGUGGGACCAACGUUGUGGGAGCGUUCGUCUAGUGAUUUCCAACCACAUGCCAAUGUUGGCCUCAUAUUGGUGUAAUAAGACUCUUUGAGACGACUUCUGGAAUCCGUCUUUUAUUCACUUUGGGUUACAUCUACUUCACGCUGCUGGUAGACAACGUGAAGGGACAGAUAGACCGAGAGAGACGCACUGCCACGUGGCAACUCGGAGCCCCGCUCCCGCGUGGCUCCUUCCUUCGUUGGUUCCCGUUCUGACCACGUGUCGUUCCUUUCUACCCCUAUUUAAUACCCGGGUCACGUGGUACGCUUCAGCCAAUCCUCGUUAGCCUGCGUCGAAUCUUCCAGGCUCCCUCGUCAGCUCCCGGGACCACACCGCUGACUCAUCUCCCCAUUGGCUGAGGCCAAAGCCAGCAGAACCAAUCUCCAUAGCUGUCACCCUUCCAUCACGUCAGGGCCAUGCCCCCAGGCUUCUUCCCAUUGGCUGUAAAGCAGGACCGGCAGAGCCAAUCACCAUGACAAGUUGUGAUACGUCAGUGAGCCGGAUAUAUUCUCAUAUUACAUUGGCAUAUUUACUGGGAAGUCUGGUGUGCAUCUUCUCAUCAUCGAAACUUUACAUUCCUUAAACUUAUAAUGCCAAUGCUGUCGGUUACAGAAGCACGCAUCCUGCACAUCCGAUUAGCACGGUUGGCUACGUACGGUGCAAAAGAAGUUGAACAUACAUGCAUGAUCAAUGAGAAAUAUGGCUUUUCAGAAUGCUGUCAUAAAUGUCAAUUUACAAAUAUUUUGUCAGAAACAUGAGCUGUACAAAAAAGCAGCAAGAAUAUGAUAUUUAGCAAGAUAGACGAUACGAUUAUCAUAGACAUCAUUUUGCUCGAUGUAUCGUGUCGUUAUCAGCAUAUUGCGGCAACCCAAUUUUCACACCGCACUUCAACAGUAACAAUGAUUAGCCUCGGGCUUGUGAAAAUCAAAUGUGAACACACCUGGCCGUACAAAGUCCGAUUGCAUGUUAUCUCGACGAGUUCUUACCACUAACCCUACCGGGUGUAGCUCCUGUCCUUAAACCUGUCAUGCAUUUUCUUGGUUCUUUCGGUAAAGUCACGUAGAAUGGAAAUAAUAAAAUAAUAAAACAUAAUAAAAUCAUUUUUUAUGCUUUCUUUUUAUCAUUUUAUUAUGGAAAUAAUGGCAAUAAUAAAUAAUAAAAAUAAAACAUAAUAAAGUAAUUUAUUUAUAAUAAAGUAUUUUAUUAUGUUUUAUUUGUAUUACUUUAUUAUUUCCAUUCUACUGUGACUUUACCGAAAGAACCAAGAAGAUGAAUCCCUGCAGUCAUGAAAGCUUUAAAUCGAAACUGUCAUGCAUUGUUCAGGACGAGGUGAAUCCUGAGCUAUUGAAUAUUUUCAAUUCCACAAGGAUGUGGUCCGUUACUAUGCACCCUAACCCCACAGUGCUAUUACCUGUAACAUGCCAUGGUGGCGAGAUGCUAACUGCCUCGCCUGGUAUACAGGAGGUCGUGGGCUUGAUCCGAACCCUGACGACUGCUGUAUAUUUGGAGUUUGUGUGUCUCUCUCUCCGUGUGUCGUGUGGAUUUUUCUCCGGGUCCUCCAGUUUUUCCCUCCACAUUUAAGAAUCAACACCACGUGUUUAGAGUGAGACUUUCGUGACUGCAGGAAUCCAUACUCUUUGGUUCUUUUGGUAAAGUCACGUAGAUAGAAAUAAAAUAAAAAAUAUGUGACUUUGCCGAAAGAACCAAAGAGUACGUGUUUAGAGUAUUUGGCUGCUAUAAAUGUCCACACGGUGAGCUAUCAUUUGCGAUAGCCAGGUCGUUUCUGAAUAAAGAGCUACAUAGUUCAGUGGGCUUUACCUGGUAAAAUAAAAAAAAUAGCUUAGUUUAAAAUAGUUUAGUUUUUGCGAUCGGAUUUGUGACGUUCAAUCGGCGUGCCCUCUGGAUCCGCAGCGUAGAAUUUGACAAAACGCCUGCCUCAAUGUUCUACCAUGGGUCUGGUUUUUAUCCUCGCAUAAAAUGCAAAUUAGGCCGUUUUGCAUUUUACAAUAAAAUACCAAUUUGUUUCAUACUCAUUUUAUAAUGGGACUCGGAAGAGAUGCCCGAGACUUUGUUGUUGUUGUAUUAUCAUAUGCACUUAAUGAUUGGUGAACUGCUGAUAGGCGACUGAAUCUCAAAACCGGUCCAGAGUUUGCUUCUGUUAAACCAAUGCUGCUGAAAGAAUUUACUCCCAGAAGGCCGUUUGUGGCUGAUUGGAUGUAAACAAAAAAAACCUGUCCUUUUCAUGUGGAGGGACAGACAUGAAAAGGAGGUGUAUUCACUAUGAGACCUCCUUUACCAGUGGCAAAAUAUAGUAAUAGGUUUUUACCCUUUCAACUGGUACAAAA